AUGAUACAAAGUGUUCCUGAUCAACACUCCUUUCUUUUGUUGUUUUUAACUCCACUGAGAAAACUGUUCCAGGAAGAAGCACAGGUGCACGUAUGGGAAGGGUAUGUAGAUUGGAGGAACAGGCCAGCCAUCAAAGGACGUCAUGGUGGCAUGCUUGCAGCUUCCUUUGUUUUAGGUAAGUACUGUCCGAAGACACUUUUCAUGUUUCUCUCAUUUUCUAACCACAAUGUUGGGAUCAACCUUGUUUUAUAUGUGUCCAAGUUUAUGCACUUUUCACCAUCCGCCUCUGCCAACAUUGUCACUGACUUCAUGGGGACAUCCUUCCUCCUUGCUAUUCUUGGGGGUUUUCUGGCUGAUGCCUUUAUCACCACUUACUCCAUCUAUCUCAUAAGUGCUGCAAUAGAAUUCAUGGGUUUACUAAUGCUCACAAUACAAGCACACAAGCCAUCACUCAAACCACCAAACUGCGUUAUGGGAGUCACCGACACUCCAUGCCAUAAAAUUUAUGGUGGGGACUCAGUUAUGCUAUUCGCAGGCCUCUAUCUAGUGGCUCUGGGCGUAGGGGGUAUAAAAGGUUCACUUCCUCCUCAUGGGGCUGAGCAGUUUGAUGAGAAUACCCCUGAGGGAAGGAAGCAGAGAUCUGCAUUUUUCAAUUACUUUGUUUUCAGCCUGUCAUGUGGAGCAUUAAUUGCAGUAACUUUUGUGGUAUGGAUCGAAGACAAUAAGGGAUGGCAGUGGGGUUUAGGAGUCUCAACUGCUUCAAUACUUCUCUCCAUCCCAGUUUUUCUUCUUGGUUCGCACAAAUACAGGACCAAGAUUCCAACAGGAAGCCCCAUAACAUCCAUGUUCAAGGUUCUUGUUGGAGCAAUAUGCAACAACUGCAAACCCAGGAAUUCAAGCAAUGUUGUCAUAAGCAUGGCCACAAGUCCAUCCCAUACAACUGAAGGGGGAGAUGGAGAAGAAAGUAAGACUAGAAAAGAGGUUCUAGGCCAAACUCUAACUGAGAACCUUAAAUUCCUUAACAAAGCAGUGAUAGAACCAGUUCACCCAAUGUUAGAGUGCACAGUAAAGGAAGUGGAAGAGGUGAAAAUUGUGGUAAGGAUUCUUCCCAUAUUUAUGUCCACAUUAAUGCUAAACUGUUGCCUAGCUCAGCUAUCAACCUUCUCAGUCCAACAGUCAGCCACUAUGAACACCAUGCUUGGUUCCUUCAAGGUCCCACCAGCUUCUCUACCCGUGUUCCCUGUCCUCUUCAUCAUGAUCCUUGCCCCACUAUACAACCACAUCAUUGUUCCAUUUGCUAGAAAAGUAACCAACACCGAAAUGGGAAUCACACAUCUACAAAGAAUAGGGACAGGGCUAUUUCUCUCCAUUGUGGCAAUGGCAGUGGCAGCUUUGGUGGAAACCAAGAGAAAGAAAACAGCUGCCAUGUUUGGUUUGUUGGACUCAACCAAACCCCUCCCGAUAACAUUCCUUUGGGUGGCCUUACAAUACAUUUUUCUUGGUUCAGCUGAUCUUUUCACAUUGGCUGGCAUGAUGGAGUUCUUCUUCACAGAGGCACCAUGGAGCAUGAGGUCAUUGGCCACAGCACUCUCAUGGGCCUCACUGGCCAUGGGGUACUUCCUCAGCACAGUUCUUGUGUCCACCAUCAACAAGGUCACAGGAGCUUUUGGACACACAUGGCUCUUGGGUGCCAACUUGAAUCAUUAUCACCUUGAGAGGUUUUACUGGUUGAUGUGUGUUCUCAGUGGACUCAACUUCAUUCAUUUUCUCUUCUGGGCCAAUUCCUACGAAUACAAACAUUCAACAAAGUCUGGAUACUAG